AAAAUAACCGCUUGGAUCCCACGCAAACCCUGAAUUCCUCUCCCGAACCUUCAAAAAUUUUCACCUUUGGCACCUACUCCUACCUUUCGCACCCCAUCUCCCAAAUGGAGAAGCGGGUUGCGUAUUCGGCAGAGGAUCCUCAGUUGCAACAUUUAAAUCCCAAGCACAACUCUAAUGAUGAUGGCGUUUCCCCGCAGUUGCCUCUCCCUCCUCCUCCAGGCCAUCCAUUGUCAUCCUUCGUCGUCCAAGUCCCUAAAAACCAAAUAUACCGCGUUCCGCCUCCUGAAAAUGCCCAAAUCCAAGAAAAAUAUCGUAUGGCAGCCAAGAAGCGAAAGCGAAAGUUACCAUGCUUGAAUUACUUCAUAUGCUUUCUUCUUGUUUUGCUUGUGAUUGGUUUAAUAAUUGGUACAGCCAUACUUGUGGUUUAUUUUUGCUUUAGUCCUAAAGGUCCGGUUUUCUCUAUUUCAAGUCUAGUCAUCAAGCAACGAAAGGGAAGUCCCCCUACAUACGAUGUUAAAUUGAAGAUCAAGAACCCUAAUGAAAAAAUGGGGAUCACAUACACAUCGGAGGAAGAUGAUUUAAAACUAACAUACUGGAAGAAAACACUCGGUUGGGGAGAAUUUCCAAGCUUGGAACAAAAGAAGGCUAAUUCCAACGAAGUAAAUAUUAAAGUAAACGGUGUUAAAGACAAACCGUUGCCGCAGAAUGUCAAGAAGAGCAUGAGCGGCAAACGUCCAAUAUCUUUAGGGAUGAACAUCGAAACUCCAUUGGUGUUCAAUGUUUGGAUAUUGAAGAUGUGGCGCAGAAACAUGGAAGUGAAGUGUAAGUUUAGGGUAAGCACCAUGGGGGAAGGAACCAAAAUUCUCAGCCAAGUAUGUAACACCAAAUUGGCCUAAACGUUCAGAACAAAGCCAAACGAGUGACUUUAUUAGAAAAAGAGUUUCAAUGCAAGGAGAAGAAAUAGCAAACAAUAGCUAAACCAGAGCAAUAAAAUACCAGCUCCAUCAGCGACACCAAGGAAUGAAAUAACAAAACCAAAGCCCCAUUAGACAAUCAACAACAAGCCACGAAAAUGCUAUAACCAAGACAAAAACAGUUCGAAUCUUCAAGCUUCGAACCUUCAAGCUUCACCCUACCAUAAUUGCGUAUUUAUUUUUAUUGUAGUUAUUCAAAUAUAUUGAUUAUAAUUGUAAAUGUGAUUAUGAUUGUACUUGUAGCCUCUUCAAAAUGAAAAGGUUUUGAUUUUGAUGCA